AUGCCAGGAUCAUCUACUGGUGCUGCUGGCUCCAACCGUGUCGAGGAAGCUUCAGACACAUGCAAUGUUGUUAUUUUCGGAGAAGCAGGAGCUGGCAAAAGCUCAUUGGUCAAUUUGAUCGUCGGGACGGACGCAGCACCAACAUCCUGCGACACUUUGGGAUGUACAACUGGGACUGACUUGUACAUGCAUGACAUUCGAAUUCGAAACAAGACCUUGAAGCUAAACCUUUUUGAUACAGCUGGUCUCGGUGAGGGCUCUGAGGGCACAGUCCCAGACGAGGUAGCUCAGAGAGGUCUGGAGAAGCUUCUUCGAAAACUUACGAAGAAAGAUGGCAUCCAUCUGCUCAUGUACUGUGUGCACGGCACGAAAGGGAUCAAGGCGCUCUGCCGCAACUACGAAAUAUGCAACUCCGAAGUUGAGGAAAGAGUUCAAAUCGUCCUUGUCGUUACAGGUCUGGAAGACAAACAACCAGAAAUGGAACAAUGGUGGAAGGACAACGAGCAAACCAUCUCACACCUCGGGAUGACCUUUGCUGGUCACGCAUGCAUCACCGCACUGAACAUCGAGGAUGCCUCAGGUAGGCACAAGCAGCGCCACGACCAGUCAUACCACGCAGUGCGCAAACUUAUCGAGGAGUGUCGCGCAACUAGGCAGAAGCCUAAAAAUAUUGUAAUCUUCGGGGAGACAGGGGCAGGGAAGAGUUCACUCGUCAACCUCAUGGCGGGAAAGGAGGUGGCAGUCACAUCUCCUGACACGCGACGCUGUACGCUACACUGGAAAGACUAUACCAUCGGCUUCGGUGGCAAGUCUUAUAAGGUGUUCGAUACCAUGGGAAUCGAGGACCUGCAGCUGGGAAUGGCACAGUUCCUCGAGUCUGUAGGAAACGCCUAUAAGCUCAUCGCGGAAUUGGACCGACAAGGCGGCAUUGAUCUGCUUCUGUUCUGCUUUCGUGCCGGCAAAUACAAUCUUACUGUCCAGCGAAAUUACCGACUCUUUCACGAAUUCCUCUGUGACAAGAAGAUUCCCAUUGUUCUUGUGGUCACGAACCUUGAAAGAGAGGAGAGGAUGGAGGACUGGUGGGAUAGAAACCAUGAUAACUUCGAACGAUAUGGGAUCCAGGUCACGGGUCACGCGUGCAUCACCGCCGCCAAUGGAUUGGAUGGCCGACACAGAACCCAUUAUAAGGAAUCACGCAUCACGAUCCGCAACAUUGUAAGGGAGAGUAUUACCGACGAGCACAUACUGGCAUGGAUAGGAGGGAAAAGCCUGUUCGUGUCGUUGAUACGUAAGCUGAUGUCGCUACUUGCAGGUCAUUUGCGUGUGAGGAGUGCACAUCUUGUCGUUUGCCUCGUGGAGCGUUGCGGUAUCUCUCGCGAAGUCGCAAAAGAGUUGGCUGAUACGAUCCAGAAGUAG